CGGCGAUGGCGGCGGAGCGGCGGCCGGUGCCCGGCCUGGACGAGUUCGCGGGGCAGAGCUGGAGCGCCUGGCUGGAGCGGGCCGGGCCGCCCGCCGACACCGGAGCAGUAAUGCCAGGACCACCCCUGUGUGGGAGCACCGGGACCAUCCGUGUGCCAGCCACUGACAGGAUUUUGUCUCUGGCAGGAUCAGGGUCAGAGCUGGAGGAGAAUGGCAAGAGUGGCAGCAAGAAACUGGACACCAUGACCCUGAUUAAGGAAGACAUGGACAUCUUCGGGCACUGCCCUGCACACGACGAGUUCUACCUGGUGGUGUGCAACCACUGCAGCCAGGUGGUGAAGCCCCAGGCCUUCCAGAAGCACUGUGAACGCCGGCACGGCCCGCUCAGCAAGCUCUAUGCCCGUGCCACCGCGUGCCACGUGGCCGUGAAUGGGCAGCCGGUGCCUGGCAGGACGCCCGGAGCAGCCAAAGCCCUGCAGGAGAAGCUCCCUGGUGCCCGUGGGAGAGCCCAGCCCCUCCCUGAGCACACGGACAAGGACAACAACCUCUGCUUGUUUGUGCCCGUGGUGAACCUGGAGAAGAUUCCCAGCAUUCCCAAACCGGACGGGCACGGGAUCAAGGUGCCCCCCAAAGCCGUCCCCACCAACUCCAAGGAAUCCCUGGGGAAACCCGCGGCUGCCGCGGUGCCCAAAGAGCCCCCGGUGCCCGCCGGGGUCAGGGGGGAUUCGGCCAUGCCGGAGAGCAUCCCUGCUCCGGGGGACAAGGAUGUGGGGGCCCCCAAAGCGCCCCCCAGGUCCCACAGGAAGCUGGCGCGUAAGGAGUGUGACCUGAACCGGCAGUGUGGGGUGCGGAACCCCGACACCAACAAGCUCUGCACCCGCCUGCUGACCUGCAAGAUCCACUCGGUGCACCAGCGCCGGGAAGUGCAGGGUCGGGCCAAGGAUUUCGAUGUGCUGGUGGCUGAGCUCAAGGCCAGCACCCGCCGAGGGGACCCCCCAAAAGACAGGAGCCCCCCUGAGAAGGAACCACUGCAUCCUGCCCUGCAGGACACCCCCUCACUGCUGCAGCCCCCCAAUACCCCUCCCUGCCGAGCCAGGCUGUCCCACUGCUUGCACCCCCCCAGGGCCCGACUUUCUUCUGCCAGUGACCCUGAGGAUGCUCCGGCCACCUCUGCAGAGGGGAGCACAGGAGGGCUCCCCCUCCCCCUGCCCCUGCCCAAGGGGGGCAGCCACGUGUCCAGCGAGGAGAGUGAGGAGGAGGGGGCUGAGGAGCCCCCCCGGACCCCAGUGCGCCCACCCCGGCCUCAGGCGUUCUGCACCUUCGGGAGCCGCCUGGUGACCCCGGGCUGUUACGUGUUCGACCGGCGGCUGGACAGGUUCUGUGCCGCGCUGGGCUCCAUGCUGGAGCAGCACCUCAGCGCACACAGGUGGAGGAAGAUCCCUCCAGCCGUCGUCCCCCCUCUUCACCUCCCCGCAGCCCCCCCCAGCCCCGCUGCCCCCCUUUACGGCCCCGCAGCCCCUUCCCCGCCCCUCCGGAGCCUCUCGGCGGCCGGGGGCUGCCGCCUCCCCACCAGCCUCACCUACACCGUGGGGUCCCCCCCGGCAGCGGCCGCCUGCAGCCAGCCCGAGUGCGGGGGAGGGGGCACGCAGUCCAUCACCUCCCCCCUCCCCGCCAACACCCCCUCGCCCUCCUUCAGCAAACUGCCCCCCAGCAAGGCCAGCAAAUCCCCCCGGGCACGGGAGGCGUCCGGCGGGACGGACGCGGAGCCCCGGCCCUGGCAGCCCCCCCCCACGGCCGGCAGCCCCCCCUACAAACGGACCUGCUUGGGGGACAGCGCCAAGGGCAAAAAUCAGGGCUUGGCUCCCCCCGGCAAGACGAAACUCACCCCCCCGGCUUCGCCCUCCAUCGCCAUCCUCAACGGGACCCCGCGGGUGCGCCGGCUGCCCCCCGGCCAGCCCUGCCGAGCCCCCCCCGCUGCCCGGGACCCCCAAACGCUGCACGGGCUGGGGCUGGGAGCUCCCCCCCGGGGGCUCUCCGAGGAUGAGGUGAGGAAGCGCAAGAACGCGGCCACCUACUGCCGAGCCCUGAAGGCCAAAGCCGCGCCCGCCCUGCCCGGGCCCCCGGCCGCCCCUGGCCCCGGGAGCUCCGGCUCGGGGGGCUCCGUCCGCAGAAAGAAGCCUGGGACGCCCCUGGGAUUCGAGGAGAAGAGGAGCGCCCUGAAGUCCAAAGCCCAUUAACAGAGGGGUCACCGGGGGCCCCCCUGUGUCCUCCCCACCGGGAAACGCCAGAAAACCGAUGAAGGGGGAAAAAAAAUCCCAAGGAAACACGAAGGAAAAAUCCCAAACUUCCAGAAAAUACCUCAAAACUCUCAGUUCUGUUCUCUUGCUGCUAAACCAGCCCCGGGAGGGGGGGGCGGCACUGGGGACCCCCCCGGACCUCCCGGGGCCCCGUCGGCCGCGGAUAUUUAUAAGAAACGGUUGUUGCUGUUU